AGCAGCUAAUAGUGAUGGAUUUUUGUGUCUGCAAGUUUGAGUGGUACAGGCAUAGCCUGGAAUGAACAGUUAUCUUGUACUCGGAGAAACUGCAUUGAAGACCUUACGGUCUGACGAGCUCCAGGCUCAAGAGAGAUUAACUAGCAAGGAAGAUGCCAGAAAGGAGAGUCAUUAUCAACUCAGCCCAGCCCUUGGGAGCUUAGAGAAAUAACCGCGUUAAUCAGAUCAGAUCAAGACAGACUCCCGUCAACAUCUUGCACUAUGGCCGAAGAGGCAGGCGCCCAGGAUGCCAACAUGAAUCGAAGGACGUACACAAAGAGGAAGUUUCUGUGGCGAGCGAGGCAGAAAUGGAAAUUGUUGGGUCUGUUUGAGAUCGACCAAGACCAUGAAUUUUACAGCUUUACUUGUAUGCUGAAGGAGGGAUUGACAGCUGCAGUCCAAGUCUCCAUUGACACUCCCCGAUUGGGCUUAUUGAAUGAACCAGACUUCAGUGCUGUGCUGACUCAGGUGCACGAGGGCUUUGAGAUGAAGACAUUUGCGGCACCUGUAUUUGCACAGUUCCGAAGAAUGCUGGGAAUGAGUGAGAAUGACUACCAGCAGUCUCUCAGUUCCGAGGGAUUCUACCUACAAUUCAUCAGCAACUCCAAGAGCAAAGCUAACUUCUUCUUAACGAAUGACAAGAUGAUUUUCUUGAAAACACAGGAAAAGAGAGAGAUACAAUUUCUUCUGUCAAACCUGCGGUCCUACAUGCAGCACAUGGAGAGGUACCCACACUCCCUGCUUGUAAAGUUUCUCGGUGUGCACAGUAUAAAGAUACCACAUGAGGGGAAGAAGUACUUCAUCGUAAUGCAGAGUGUGUUUUACCCCGAUGAGCGAAUACAAGCACGGUAUGACAUCAAGGGUUGCCAGGUUAGUCGCUGGACAGAACCUAUCCCCGAGGGUAGCAACAUCAUUGUGGUUCUGAAAGACAUGAACUUCGAAGGGAGCACGAUUGGCCUGGAUCAGCAACGAUCCUGGCUUGUGCGGCAAGUGAACAUUGAUACGGAGUAUCUCCGGGCACUGCACGUCCUGGACUACAGUCUCCUGGUGGCCCACCAGCCCCUGCACCUUGAUGAGCAGCAGCAGAGCUGGUCCUUUGCAAACGUCAUUCUCCGGACCAAGAAAUCGAUGAUCAGUGGAGGCAGCCCUAGUCACUCCACUGGGACCCCAGUUCCAGGGCUAGUGGAGGAAGAAUCGACUGUGCUGGUGCCUGAGGUUGUAAGUGGCACAGACAAGUGCCACGUCAAGGAGGUCCCCAAGGCAACGGUGUCCUCAGUAGACAGCAGUAGGUCGGACAUGGAACUGACCGAAGUGUCGGUGCAGAAUCGGCGACUGCUGCCCGGAUCCAAGAACUCCUUGCACAUCAUCGACGGAGCCCAGAACCGCUACUUUGUGGGAAUCAUCGACGUCUUCACCGUGUACGGGUUCCGUAAGAAGCUGGAGUACCUGUGGAAAUCCAUCAGAUAUCGAGGCCAGUCCUUCUCCACUGUCCAUCCUGACAAAUAUGCCAAGCGACUGUGCCAGUGGGUGGAUGACCACACAGUUUAGGAGCUCGGGUAGCUUGAGGGAGGGUGGGGAAACACUGGGGAGGGGGAAGAGGGCUAGAGUUCAGAGUGAGUCCGAGCGGUGAGGCUAACUUCUGCCACUGGGUAUAUGUAGUCUAUGACCCGACAGGUCACUGGGUGGGAGGUUGUCCUCUCGAGGCUUCACCAACAGGUGGUGAAGCAUUAAUGUCAGUCACUGGGGGAAACUGACCUGUUUCUGUGCUGUAAAAUGCUUGGUGUAAAGACGUCAACAUUGCACUUGCUAGAGCCACUUUCAAAUCAAAAUACAAGAACAAAUUCACUGGUCACCGCAUAAGAAAGCUGUCCAGACUUGCAUGAUGCUCUAGACUGCCUUAAAUGGAAGGGGAAAGGAAGCUACUACCAUUGAGCCUUAAGUAUAGUAUGUGCACACAAUUCCUCUUCAUUAACGUGGGUGAAGCUUGAUUUAAAAAAUAUACUGCAUGCAGCAAAUCAGAGUUCCAGAACACAUAGCUGGUCUUAUCGGCUCUCUCCACACAAUCUAAUCUUCAAAUGUCAUUGCCUUCCCUGACUAAAACUGCUGCUCUAGCCCACUCAAUGAAGGCAGGGACAGGGGAAUUCUACAUCAGGGUAAACAGUGGGCAGGAACAGAAGCACUCCAUAUCAGGGUAAAAGCACCUGCUAAAACCAAACCCAGUACCAGGUCAGCAGAGUGAGGGAAUGGUAUCCUGACCAAGAUCCAACUCCCUGUUGAUUGUAAACUACAAUAACAGAAUGGCUCCGGCAACUAAUUUGCAGAAGAACAUAUUUCUGUAUUUCCUCAUGACAUAACAGCAGCCCAUCAUGUUCUAUUAAGAUAUUUGGACAGUACAUGGAUAGGAAAGGUAUGUGGGCAAAUGCGACUAGUUUAGAUGUGGCAUCUUGGUCGGCAUGGGCAAGUUGGGCAGAAAGGCUUGUUUCUAUGCUGUAUCACUUCAUGACUCAAUCUUUGCAGUCUCAUAAAGCAAUCUCUGACUCACACGAAUUUCCUUUUAACCUAUUUUCCCGGCAUUCCCAUCAACUCCCCCAGAUUGGAUCACGCACCUAAACACUUGGGGCAAAUUGCAGCAGCCAACUAAUCUACCAACCCAUGCUUAUUUAAGAUGUGGGUGAAAACCAGAAAUCCCAGAGGAAAUCCAUACAGUCAGAGGGAGAACGUACAAGCUCUGCUGUAACGCUGCGGCUUCACUAGUUGCACCACUGUGCUGCCCGAAAUAAAAUAGUAACAACUGGUGAAAAUAAAAUUUUGAGAGUUCCUAAUUACAGCAAGUUGGAAUGUCUUGUUUUCAAAGGGUGAGGAUUGCAGAUACAAAGAUUAUUUGGAUUAAAGAUGAAAGGAAUUGGGCAUUUUAUUGGAAAGGUACUAUUUUGGAGAAUAAUAUUAUUUGGACAGUUCUCAAACACAUGGUAUGGGUAUGAUGCCCACAUGGAGACCUGUACUGUGUUGUCCUGAAAUACUUUAUCUCCUGGGUGAGUGAGUCAGUGACCUGCGGCCAGAUUUAAGGCAAUUGGCAAAAUAGAUUUACGUGUACACUUGAGACGGAAAUACUUUGCGACACUCUUUCCCUCUCAAUUAUUCUCAGUUUUGCAUGGCUCAGUGAGGAGAUUGGAUUACAGUGUCAGAGUGCUGCCCUUGGUUUGUGAGGAAGAUGACUGGUAAUCUGUCGCUCAGCCUUAAAGUGAAGCCAGACUGAUCACUGAAAUGGGAAAUACUGGAAAUGUACAAAAUCCACCAGCAGAUUAAAAAGCCUGGUCAAUGAUCUCGUUGAACAUCCUUUAUUGACAACAACUACUCGAAAGAUUGUUAGCCUGCCAUGUGGCUCACCUGCACUCCCAUUGAAUCACGGACAUGUAAGUGAAUGAGGUGAUUCAACACACCCUUGAGGAACUAUCAGAGGUAUCCUGCAGAACCAGCACAUAACCAGGAGCUCCAACAAAACAACACACUGCACAAACAGAACCACACAGAAACCUAUUGGAACCGUCAUUGGAACCACGGCACCCGAGGGAAGCAUCUCAUAUUCUACACCAUAAUAAAAUCACUUAUUUGCUGCAUCCCCAUAGAAGCAGCUCAUAUCUUGAACUCCAAUAGAGUUACCAAAUAUACUGCACCCUAAUGGAACUACUUCAUGUGCUGUGACUAUAGAACCACCUCAUGUACCAUAGGCAUAUAUGUAGCAUAGAAACACCUCACAUAUUGCAUUCGACAGGCACAAAAAAUCGGCAUUAUAACGCCCAUAAACCCAAAUGACAAUAGCAAGCCCCAUUUGAUUCAUAUGACUUGUAAUACACAUUCAUACCAUGUUAGGACACUUAGUAAUUCUGGAACCACGAUUUGGAAAUGAUAUUUUGUCCUUAUUUGAUGCCACUCUGGACUCUGAACCGGAGGGUUAAGGGUCUAGGUAUAGGGGUUCAAUAAAUUUGUAUGUAAAAUAUGGAAUCUCAGGCAUCGUAAAUAAUUCACUUGCACUGUGCAAUAAAAUGAUUUUUCCAUUCCGUUAA